AUGUCAUCACAACAAGUCGACGAGAAGAAGGAGGAACAAAUCUCACCUCCACCGUUUUCUGAGAUAAACGAGUCUGGCCACGUACAAGAGCUAGAGCGUAACUUCUCAUUGAUUUCUAUUUGCUCAGUCGGCAUUGUCACCGGUAACACCUGGGCUGCAAUUGGUGGAUCGAUUGCUGUGGCUAUUUAUAAUGGCGGACCACCAGGAGUUUUGUAUGAGUUCAUCGCCGUGUCUAUAUUUUAUUGGAUGAUUGCUGCUUCUAUUGCGGAACUGGCUUCUUCUAUGCCCAGCUCGGCAGGAGUGUAUCAUUGGGCUUCUAUCACUCCAGGGCCGAAAUAUGGACCGAUUUGUGGUUUCUUUGCCGGCUGGUGGAAUACCUUUGCGUGGAUUAUUGGCGCUGGCAAUGACGCUUGCAUACUCUCUUUGGACAGUUUUCGAGCCCAAAUAUGCUUAACUCACGCUCUAGUGUCUUCCAUAUCCAGCAUUGCUGGCCAGAUUGCGAUUGGAAUGUACGGUAUCAGCCAUUCUGAAUACGCCCCUGAGAGAUGGCAUCUAUUCAUCGCCCAACUCGUCAUUUCGUGGAUAUGCUGCUGUACAGUACUUUUCGCCAACAGAGCACUCCCUGAGAUCAACAGGGUCGGUCUGUUCUUCAUUCUAGCCGGCGUGUUUACCACUAUCCUCGUUUGUGUUAUCAUGCCACACACAAAUGGGUCGGGUUAUGCUACGACUUCUUUCGUGUGGUACGAGUGGUCAAACCAAACAGGCUACACCAGCGACGGAUUCGUCUUCCUAGCUGGUAUGCUCAAUGGAGCUUUCUCGGUCGGCACACCUGAUUGUGUAGCUCAUCUCGCAGAAGAAAUUCCAAAUCCAAAGCGCAACAUUCCGCUCGCGAUAGGAGCACAAAUGGCCAUAGGAUUUUGCACCGCGCUGUGUUUCUUGGUCACUAUAUUCUACUCGGUAUCUGAUCUCGACGCGGUACUGGGUUCGCUCUAUUUCCCACUUGCCCAAAUCUACUACCAAGCGACAUCCUCCUCGGCUGGGGCUAUCGGCUUGUUAUUCGUCAUCUUCUUUCCGAUGAUGUGCUGUACUAUAGGAUGUUUCAUCACCGCCGGCCGUGGAUUAUGGACCUUGGCUCGAGAUGAAGCAGUUCCUUUUUCAAAACAACUAGGCCACAUCUCGCCUCGUUUCAAGAACCCCUUCAACGCCACCCUUCUCUGCGGAGUCAUCACCACAAUUCUAGCUGCGAUCAACGUCGGCUCAACCACAGCAUUCAACGCCAUCGUAGGUUCCUACGUGGUUCUCUCAACCCUAUCAUACGUAGCAGCCAUCCUCCCUUUCAUCCUCACCCGCCGAUUCUCUCGCGCAUCUCAUCCACCCGGACCGUACAUCAACAACAUGCAACCUGGAUACUUCCAUAUGAGCAGCCUCGUCGGGUAUACAGUCAACAUCAUCGGUUCAGCAUAUAUCAUCGUCUUUGUGGUUAUUUUCUGCUUCCCGUACUCCAUGCCAGUCACUGCUCUUAAUAUGAAUUACGCUUCUCUGAUUACAGGCGCGAUUUCUAUAUUCGCGGGCGUGUAUUGGUUGGUUGUGAGGAAGGAUUAUGUUGGGCCGAGGGUUUUACUGGAGCAUCACGUUGGAGAGAGUGUUGUUUCUGCUGAGGGUGGCGUCAAGACCGCGUGA